AGGGGUUUCCGCUUCCGGCAGGAGUCGGAAGUCACUGUCUCCCGGGUGAACGGAGCUUUCGCAGCUGGAGAAGAGUUUCAUCCUGUUGCCUAGGCUGGAGUGCAGUGCCUGGAUCAUAACUCUGGAUCAUCAUUGAAACCUGAAACUCCUGGGCUCAAGCGAUCCUCCCAUCUCAGCCUCCCAAGUAGCUGGGACUACAGGCCUGCACCACCACGCCUGGCUAAUUUUCAAUUUUUUUUUUUUUAGAGAUGAGGCCUCACUAUGUUGCCCAGGCUGGUAUCCAGGUCCUGGCAUCAAGUAAUCCUCUCACCUUAGCUUCCCAAAGUGCUGGCUGGGAUUACAGGUGUAAGCCACCAUGCCUGGCCUUGUCUCUGUUUUAUAGAUGAGGAAACUGUGGCACAGAGAGCUUAAAUAACCUGCCCAGGUCACGCAGCAAGUGAGAGAGAUGGGGUUAGAGCCUCGUCUCACCCCUUCCAUCCAGAGUGGGACAGGGAAUUGUCCUCCUGCAUCAGGACUGAGGGCCUCGUCCCUCAAGGGCAGAGGCCCCGGGACCAUGGUGCAAGUCCCAGACCCUCUUUCCAGCCUGCUUUCUAGAGCAUUGAGCUGGGGCGCUGCGUGGUUUCCUCAAACCACUGACAUUUGCCACUCCCCACAGGCUCAUCCACCUGCAGACAUGGGGCGCAGAAAGUCAAAACGAAAGCCGCCUCCCAAGAAGAAGAUGACAGGCACCCUCGAGACCCAGUUCACCUGCCCCUUCUGCAACCACGAGAAAUCUUGUGAUGUGAAAAUGGACCGUGCCCGCAACACCGGAGUCAUCUCUUGUACCGUGUGCCUAGAGGAAUUCCAGACGCCCAUAACGUAUCUGUCAGAACCCGUGGAUGUGUACAGUGAUUGGAUAGAUGCCUGCGAGGCGGCCAAUCAGUAGCGACACAGAGGACCCGCCCCCUGAGCAGCCCUGCCUACUGUGGAUCCAGCUGUUCGGUUCUGGUCCAGAGACAUUCCAGGGGUCCAGGGUGUGGGUCCUGGGCUGUCACAGCCCUGUGUGUGUGUGUGUGUGUGUGUGUGUGUGUGUGUGUAGUGGGUGUGCGUGGGUGUGGGUGUGUGCGUGGGUGUGGGUGUGUGUGCGGGUGUGGGUGUGUGUGCGGGUGUGGAGUGGGUGUGGGUGUGUGUGGCUGCACGUGUCACGGGUGGCCGUGAGUGUGUGCUCACAGGUACGCGGUGGUGUUGGGUUCCUGGGCCUGAGGGGCCUGAACUGACCUCACUUGGCUCCGAAAGCCUUUGCUGUGUUCCCUGCAGCCCCUGGCCCCCCAGCUUUGGGGCUCUGGCUCCCCCCGGCGGAAUUGGGGGACUGUUUCCUGAUAUCCUGGACAAGGGAAGCCCACUAGAGGCUGGAACAGGACCUCUCCAGCCUCCUCACCAGCACCGUGCCCAUCUCAACUGGACUUCCCGCCCUCCUUCUCCACCUUCUAGUGCCCGUGGCCGGGGAUUCAAAGCCGCUGUUCCCCAGGUCCCUGGGCUGGGCCCUGACAGGGAGCCGCCCCCUCCCCAUGGUAACCAGGAAGCCCGUUUCAUGUUCAGUUGCUUUUGUAGAGGAAGCAAGGGCUGGGAUAGGGACAGCUGUCAAUCACAAGCCCUUAAAUAAAGCAGCCAGCGCACA